CACGCCGACGGUAAACAGUACACUGCGUGGAUUACAGCAAUACCACCACACAGAGAGGGAUAUAACAGAUUCAAUCGGCAGCACACACGCGGAGAGGAGAGCAAUAUGGGGGGCAGCAUGUCAUGUUACCCGCAACACAGUUUCGGGUCAUCCCGGCACAGUUUCAUACGCACGAGGAGCGGUCGGUUAUUCCGUAAGAAGCACCCACAGGAAGGGCCAGAAAAGUCCAACAGCAUCAUCAACAUCAUGUCCACUGUCACGCCCAUGAAGGAGAUGUCAGCUAAGGAUCUUGAGACGAUACAGAACAUCAAAUGGAGCCCUCCCCAGUCUGCCCAUGAUCCCUCGGGCGGCUGGAAGAAAAGCAGCGUCAACGUGAAGAAUUACGGGAGGCUGAUCCACAGCUCCAAACUGCGCUUCCGCUUCGCACACUGCCAGGAAGUACAUGACUGCUACUUGGACCUCUUCCAGACCCACCUUCAUUUUGUCUCCCGCAACACCACCGGGCUCACCUACCAGGGAACGCUUCCGCUGAAGGAGCUCGCGAUUUGGAACCUGCAGAGCAACAGAAGCAGCAACCAGCUUAACCCGUUUGCGUUCCAGAUAAACGGUGUCAGCUUGAACCCCAUCGUCGUUCUUUGCUCCAGCCAGGUGGAGCUGGACACCUGGAUGCACCACCUCACAGAGCACGUGGAAGCCAACGGGGGGAGCGUGGUCACCUCGGACACCUUGGCCUACACAAGGAUCAAGAACACACAGGAUGGCACAGUGGGCAGAGAGGAGCUGAGGAAUUCGGUGGAGAACGAGCCGAUUUACGAGUGGGAGGGCUCCCAGAGGGAGUCCCUGGGACCCAUUACCUACAUCACCAAAGUGCGACUGCAGCACCUGCCGUGCCAGGAGCAGUUCGACAGACUCUUGGUGAUGUAUCCAGCCACCCUGAUCAUCCUGUCUGAGGAGAGCAAUGGCCUCUUCUAUAAAGGGAAGCUAUCUCUGAACAUGAUCACUGUAACCACGCCGUGCCAAGACGUGAGGCCAAACACAUUCAUGAUCGAAGGGCAAUUCAUUAACCCCAUCGUCGUGUCUUGCCUGGACAAGAAAGAGUUCCACGAAUGGCUCCAUCAUUUCAAAGCCUCUCACGUCCCCGUACAGAUCCCCCCGCCGCCGGUCUAUGACAUCAUCGACACGCCCACCAAGAGAACGGUUCCAGGUCAGAUUGACAGGUGGAGUGGACACAGCAGCCAGGGCUUAAUGGAGUCACAGAGGUUCUCUCAGAAUGGAAGGGGCUCCUACGAACUCCAGUUCCACCACCCCAUGGACAACCCCCUGUCGCCAGGGUAUACGGAACCUCUCUAUUACCGGCACAGCCAGCUCACCUCCGCGGAGCCACCCUCUCGGCACAGCUACAGGAGCAACAGCUUCUCCUCCCGCAUGAGGCCCGGCCUCGACUUCCGCCCCCCGUCCCAGCGGUACUCCUAUGCCUCCACCGACGCCCCGAUGUCCCCCGUCUACAGCACGCCGUACAACAUGGCCCCACGGAUGGAGAAGUCUCCCCUCGUUAAGUCCAACAGCUGGAGCGUCCCACAGUCCAUGAGGUACCAGCUCUCCAGCCCGCAGAGGUCCUCAGACAUGUGUGCGCUCCGCAGGCCUCUGUCCCCCCUGUACGACGACCCCAGCACGCCUGGGAGAUACCUGCAGGAGGACAACUACGUGCGGCCGGCGCAGGUGGCACUGCAGUACCAGCGGCGGCUGGUGGAGCAGCGGGACGUCCAGCUCCUGCCGCCCUCCUUCAGGCUGCGCACGCCCCCUAUGGGCCGGAGGAGGAAGAACACCGCUGACUUGGAGCAGGAAGAGGAGAAUGCCCAGUGGACAGCAGAGCAGCGCGCUCAGGCCGUGGCCAAACUGAAGCUCCUGUCCCCUCCCACUGCAACGCUGCUGCCCAGCAACAUCACACAGACGGUCUUCCCACCGCAAAGCCAGCCCAUGCCGUACAAUUACUUACCAGAUGAAAACUGCUUCCUGGAGCCCGCAGAACCAGACGACCAGGAAAUGGACUAUGAUAACGUUUGGGACUUUGACAACGACGGCAAGAUGAUUCAGCCCCUGCCGGGAUUCUCGGCACACAGGACAAUGGGAGACGUGGGUGCCCCAGGCAUCGGCUAUAUGUCAGCACAGCAGAGAUGGUCGUAAAACACGAACCACGGCGAAGCGCAUCUGGAAUUGUGGGAAUUUAAUGGAGAUGCCUCAUCGGGACUGUUACUAUGCACUGGCCAGGAGCACUCCCCCUCAAAACCUUGCACUACCCCUCCUGCUUAUACUCCAUGGCAGGAGCCAUAAACCAUGACUCACACGGCAACCCCCUGCUUCGCAGUGAAUCAUGAGAAUAACGCACAGCAAUGUUGAGAUACAGAUGCGAGAGGGCCUUGAUCCUGUCACUCAUGCCUAUGGCAGGUCAUAGCUGCAUAAGAACAGUGUGAGUGACUGGGGAGCCUCUGGUGUGACUGUACCACUGGAGUGACGUAGUGAAUCUGAUUUUUACGGUAGUUUUUAAAACACUGUCUCUCUGACAUGCUUCUAUACAACUGUAAAUAUAUAUAAUUGAAAGCAUUCAGGGGUAUAGCAAUUGCUACUAUAGGUUAUUUUUGCCUUUUCCCCACCAAUGCCACUGAAAUGUAGCAUAGCAGGAUUUUGUAUA